AGCCCGUCAGUAACUUCCUGUUUCCACAAAUGACGUCACACGGGUAACAUUCAACAAACAAUUUCGAAACCGAAACUGCGGAUAACUUGAAAAACAACUCUUCGUUAUUGUGGUGGUCACUAGAUGCAAAUAUCUUACAUAUUUGUCACCUACUCGAGCAUCGGAUAGAGUUGACAAUCAACGAAUUUUAGCUGUCCCACUCAUAUUUGAGGAGCGAAGAAAGCUAGCAGGGCUGCUAAGUUAAGCUAACGUUAAGUGGAUAUCCAGCUGGGAACUAGCUAGCGAGUUAGCAACAAAAACUCGAAAGCACUUAGUAAUUUAACAGAAAGCUCAACGUCUAUCAACAUGGAGAAUAAAUAUAACCUCAAGAGUCCAGCGGUAAAGAGGCUGAUGAAAGAAGCUGCUGAACUGAGAGAUCCCACAGAGCACUACCACGCACAGCCACUGGAAGAUAACCUCUUUGAAUGGCACUUCUCCGUGCGUGGGCCCCCAGAUUCAGAUUUUGAUGGUGGGGUUUACCAUGGGAGGAUCAUACUACCACCAGAGUACCCCAUGAAGCCCCCUAGCAUCAUCCUCCUCACACCAAAUGGAAGAUUCGAAGUUGGGAAGAAGAUUUGUCUGAGCAUUUCUGGCCACCAUCCAGAGACCUGGCAGCCCUCUUGGAGCAUCCGAACUGCCCUAAUAGCUAUAAUUGGAUUCAUGCCAACAAAAGGAGAGGGAGCAAUAGGAUCUCUUGAUUAUACCCCAGAGGAGAGGAGGGCCCUUGCCAAAAAGUCUCAGGACUUUUGCUGUGAGACCUGUGGUUGCUCCAUGCGCUCUGCCCUCCAGGCUCUGACACCCAACAGCAGCCCCAUUUCCAAGGACCACCAGGCCCAAGAAUUGGCCCAGCAAAUCAACUUCAAGGCAGAGUCAAGUUUAUCCAGUCAAGCAAGUGAGACUGGAGGAGCAGAAAGCCAUCCUUCCACACUCCUCCAGGGAGACACCUCCACAUCUGCAGUCCAGGAAGAUGCUGACAGGCCCCAGGCUGAACAAACAGAGGUGUCUCCAGCUACAGGAGUAGAGGAAUCUCAGCCUCCCACGGCCCCCAACACUUAUCAUCGUCUCAGCCCCCGGCAGCGUCGCAGCCAACAGCACAACCAGCAGGGCCAGAGAGACAGCAGAGCUCCAGCCAGCAGGCCAGCCUUCACCCCAGCCCCCCCUCAACCUCAGGAUGAAAGCUACGCAGGCUCCGCUGUCCUCAUCGUAGUGCUCACACUGGCACUGGCUGCACUCAUCUUCCGCAGGAUCUACCUGGCUCAAGAGUACAAGUUUGACUACGAGCUGUGACCACACACUAGACUUCCCCCACUUCACCCUCCUCACCCUCUCAGGUCAGCCCCUCCUGUCACCACCCCAGCCGAACUGUGACUGAGGAAGUGGCUGACACUGACAUUCUGGUCUCCCUGAUCACCACCAAAGGCUUCAGUUCCCACAGAGAGCGAACUUUGAUUCCUGCAGAGGAGGUGCUCCACUCACCUCACUACAACUCCUGGGUGGCUUUUAAUCAAUGUGAAUUUUACUCUCUAGAGUGUAAUGCAUUUUUAGAACAGGAAGCUUUGUUGUUUGUGAUCAGCUCAGCAGCCACCACAUGUCCCUUUCCAUGUAAUUGCUGCAUGUUCCCAUUACUUAAUUAAAACUGUAAUAAUAUAUGUCAGCAACAUGGAAUUAUGAGGGUUUUUCUCAGAGUAAUUUAAUUAUAUAAGCAUCUGCACAGAGUGUAUGUGCUAUAAUGACUUAUUUUUAUGUGCUUUAACUUCCUUGUUAGCUACACGGCUCAAUUUUAACGGUGCAAGGAACAGCCAUUCCAAAGUGAACACUGAUGAUUUUGUUCCGCAUGGGUGUAGCUGGUAUGGUACUUCAGGCUUAAAGUUAUGAUAGACAAUAACAGUGUUGUGCAUAAAAGAUAAGUAUAAAACAUGGAACAUCACUUGUGUUUAAAUAGUUGGAAAGUGGGCAGUAAUAAAUGAGGGUAAUCAGAUGACUCCCACUUCAUUUAGGUUGCUAGGUUACAACUGACAAGUCUGUGUGUAGUACUCAAAUAAUGUGGCCCUGAUGUACCUGAAAAUAAAAAGAGAUGCUGCAUCCAAACAUUCUCAGGUGCUUGGCCUUUCUCUCACCUUUUUAGAAUAACUAACAAAACUCUCAAGAGUCAACAUCACCACAGCAGAAGACAGGUCAAUAUAUUUGACGCUGGGCAUGAAAACAUGGCAUUCUAUUAUACCUGAAAAUAAAAGAAAAAUAAGCAGCAACCAAAUAUUGUCAGAUACUUGCCCUUUCUCUCACCCCUUUUGCAGAGUGAAUAACAUUAAUAUAAUUUAAUGAACCUGCCACUGUAUGCUUGCAACAGCACCUCCUGCAGUCUUACAUUAAUGGGGUACAUAUCAAAGUAUACCUCCAGGUGUUGGAGAGUGCUGCUGCAUAUGUGAAUAAAGUUAAAUAAAGCCAUGAGUGUCUUCUGCAGGAGCUGAGUGAAGGCUGAUUAAAGUGAUGUCACUUGAGUCAGCGUGGGCUGGAGCUGAAUUUAAAAAGUCUGAGCUACAUUAGCCACUACUAGCAUAACAUGCCUGAUUCACCAAUCAAAUUGUUAGUGGUCAGGUUGCAUAGUGGGUAGCUUGUGUGCCGGGCUUUGACAAUGUUGUGUGGCAUCAAUUUUAACAAUUUGCAACAAUUUCUGUGAGGUAGCCGGCACAUCUGAAGAGUGGCUGUACUCGAGCAUUAUAGAAAAAGCAGGAUUUAGCAGCCAGAACAAAGGUGAAGGCAGGUUUGCUUUGCUUUGUGGCCUGGAAAUCUGUUUACGGUUUAAUCAUUUUGACAAUACAUAGUUUUGCUUUGAAUGCAUUUGCUAACUGGAGAGUAUAAAUAGUUUAAAAUUAUAAAUUCGUAAUUGUUGGAAUUGCAUUGCAAAUUAGUGUGUUAUUUUGCUCUUGCUGAUAAAAUCAUCACCCUUGGGGGCGGCUGUGGCUCAGGAGGUAGACCGGGUUGUUUCCCCAACCGGAAGAUCAGCAGUUCGAUUCCUGGCUUGUCCAGUCAACAUAUCAAAGUGUCCUUGAGCAAGACACUGAACCCCCAGUUGCUCCUGGUGAUGUCAUCCGUGUGUGAGUGCGAAUAGGUGAAUGGCCGAAUAGUGUGAAAGCGCUUUGAGUGUGCUGAAAAGCGCUAUACAAGUAUAAGACCAUUUUACCAUUCACUUUUGCUCCAAAAUACCAACUAUUCACUGGAUAAUUGGUAUUUUGGAUAGUAUCCACUUUGUGCUCUCUUGUUUAACUCAAACUCUCACCUUUUGCUGAGCAUAAUACCAAAAUCAAAAAGAGAACUUCAAGGUCAGGAAAUCAAAACACUGUAGACGCACUGCCUGUGCUGGUUGUUAUGCCACCACUAAAAUAGAAGCCAUAGUGUAAAAAUCAAAGCAGACCUGAGAGGAGAAAGAAGUGUGGAGGACUGAUUAAAUGCAACAUGUUUACUGACAUAUACAGUAUAAGGGCACAGUGUUCUGAACUGUUAUUACCACAACAACAUCUGCUGUACUGGUGAGAUCACUUCAGGGCUUAUCCGCACCAGUCAACGUGACUGGUCUUCAGAAAACACAACAAAGCAGCAGGUUCAGCCAACUAUCUGCUUGCUUUCAAGAUGUGUGACUUAUUGGAUCUUCAGACAGAUUCUGCCUUAACACCUAUGGCAGAUUUGAUAUAUUUUCUUUCAUUUUUCUUUGAACUCUGUGACCCGCACCACGUGACUGUGAUUGAAUUGUAUCUUUUCUUCAUUGCCUCUUUCUCAUCCUGGCCUCCCUGCUGUAGCGAUUUCUCCGGAUUCUCUGAAUCUUUUGAUGAUAUUAUGGACUGCAGGUGAUGAAAUACCUAAAUUCCUUGCAAUUGUAUGUUGAGAAACGUUGUUCUUAAGCUGUUGGACUAUUUGCUCAUGCAGUUGUUCACAAAGGAGUUAAACUGUGCCCCAUCCUUGCUUGUGAAUGACAGUCUUUUGCAAUGCUCCUUUUAUACCCAAUCAUGAUGCUCACCUGUUUCCAAUAAACAUGUUCACCUGUACAAUGUUCCAAAGAGGUGUUUUUUGAGCAUUCCUCAACUUUCCCAGUCUUUUGUUGCCCCUGUCCCAGCUCUUUUAGA